GUGCUUUCUGUUUCUAUCACUUUCAGCCGACUCACCAGCUUCUAAGUCAUUAUCAAGAGGACCAUAAAGUGCACCAUGACUCACACUAACCUUACCAUCUUCCACCCUGCAGUUUUUGUCCUUCUAGGCAUCCCUGGGUUGGAGGCUUAUCACAUUUGGCUGUCAAUUCCCUUUUGCCUCAUGUAUAUUACUGCAGUCCUGGGGAACAGUAUCCUGAUAGUGGUUAUUGUCACAGAACAUAACCUUCAUGGACCCAUGUAUUUCUUCCUUUCUAUGCUGGCCAUCACAGACAUCCUGCUAUCCACCACUACCGUGCCCAAGGCCCUAGCCAUCUUUUGGUUCCAUGCCCAUGACAUUGCCUUUGAUGCAUGUGUCACUCAAGUCUUCUUUGUCCAUGUGAUGUUUGUAGGGGAGUCAGCUAUCCUGUUAGCCAUGGCCUUUGACCGCUUUGUGGCCAUUUGUGCCCCCCUGAGAUAUACAGCAGUGCUAACUUGGCCUAUUGUGGGAAGGAUUGCUCUUGCCAUUGUUACCCGAAGCUUCUGCAUCAUCUUUCCAGUGAUCUUCUUGCUGAAGCGACUGCCCUUCUGCCGAACCAACAUCAUCCCCCAUUCCUACUGUGAGCAUAUUGGAGUGGCUCGCUUAGCCUGUGCUGACAUCACUGUUAACAUCUGGUAUGGCUUCUCGGUGCCCAUUGUUAUGGUCAUCUUGGAUGUGAUCCUCAUUGCUGUGUCUUACUCGCUGAUCCUCCAAGCAGUGUUUCGUUUGCCCUCCCGAGAUGCUCGGCACAAGGCCCUCAGCACUUGUGGCUCCCACCUCUGUGUCAUCCUCAUGUUUUAUGUUCCAUCCUUCUUUACCUUAUUGACCCACCGCUUUGGGCGUAACAUUCCUCGGCAGGUCCACAUCCUGCUGGCCAAUCUUUAUGUAGUGGUGCCACCAAUGCUCAACCCCAUUGUCUAUGGUGUGAAGACUAAGCAGAUCCGAGAGGGUGUAGCCCACCGGUUCUUUGACAUGAAGACUUGGUGCUGUGCCUCCCCUCUGGGCUGAUGGAUCCCCAUGAAUCUUUAUACCCAGUUUCA